AUGUCUACCGUGUCGCACAAUCGCCAGGAGCCUUUCCCCCUGGGGACGCUGCUCAACAGCGAGUCCGGGAAAACUUACAAAGUCGAAGAGAUCCUUGCGGACCGCAGAAAGCCUUUGCUGUGCGUGUACCGGGCUUCGUACGCUUCCCUCUCCCCCGGGCCUUUAUGCCAGCUAACACCUCUGCCUUCGGUAAGCACCGAGGGCAAGGAGUUCAUCGUCAAAGACAUCGUUAAGGGAGAGUUCGAAUACCAGCUUUCUAUCCACAAGACAUUGGGCAACUCCCCUCGCAUCCGGACCGUGAUCGACACGAUCAAAGAGUCGGACAUGUUCAUCUACCCCUUCCGGUCCACCGACCUGCUCCGCUGCGCCCAACAGCCCCUGUCCGCAGAGACGAGACGCAAUAUCCUCCGCACCGCUCUGCAGGGGUUGGCUGAAAUGCACGAUCAUGAUAUAGUACACAACGACAUUAAACCCAACAACAUCGUUUUGGACCAUGAGGGUCUUACAGUCAGCAAUAUUCAGAUCUCGGACCUUGAUGAUACUGUUAUCGUGCCGCCUGGCAAAUGGCUAAGGGGUCCUCUUUGCGGCAAUGCCAUGUGGAGGAGCCCUGAGAGCUGGUGUCGGUCUGCGCAGAACCAGGCAUCUGAUAUCUUCUCGUUUGCAAUUGUGACCAUAUACGUGAUGAUAAACGAAAUGGUCUUCCGCGUCGACGACGAGAUGCUUGCUGCGCCUGACGCAUGGCGACAUAUCCUGGUUCGCCAUCUCUCAUACUUCGGGGGCGAAACGGCCGAGGGCCUUGAGGGCCUUCUAAAUCAUAUUGGCGUGGACAAUCCCUUUUUCAAUCGUUUUUUGGAACUUGCGAAUGAGCUUGGUCCACACAAUCCGAGACACCCCGUCGAGCGGUGGACGUAUCUUGAUCCGGAGCUAAGGGACCUGCUCAAAAACAUGACAAACCUGGAUCCGAGUAGCAGGAUUACCGCACGGGGGGCUUUGGAACACCCUUGGUUCAAGGGCGCAGAUUUAUUAGUUUGA